AUGCCGUUCAACGAGACUCAAGCUGGAAACAUUACUCCGUCGCCAGCGGGGUAUCAGAUGCGCCCGGAGCUGAGUGAAACAUUUAAAUCGGAAAAGAUACGCGAAAUAAUCAACAACGUGCUUACGGAAACAUUAACUGGUCAAACAUAUUCGGCAGCAGAUGCAUCGCGCUGGACGAAAUCGAUGGCAGAUGAGAUAAGUCUUCAAGUAAAGGAUCUGGAAAUGCACCAUUACAAACAUGUGGUUCAAGUGUGGAUAGGUCAGCAGCUGGGGGCCGGUUGCAAAUGUGUGGCCCGAUGCCGUUGGGAUACGGAGUGCGAUAACUAUGCGACGGCCGAAUUUAAGAACUCAACCAUGUUUUGUUUAGUGACAGUUUACGGGCUGUAUCUCUACUGAUGGAGAGAAAAACUGUGAUGCUGGAUCAUAAGCAUGAGAAAGGGAGGAUGGAGGAACAUGAAUAUGUGUCAUAUGCUCAUUCCUAUCAGCAUCGCCACCAUCUUCUGUUUGUAGAGUAGUAUCGGCGUGUUUUGUAUAUAAAUUGUUUUUGUGUUCAAUUAGUGUAAAACCUACGUAGGUCAAUUGUCGAAAAGCAUGGCAUUAUGGAAUAAGGAAAUAGGCAAAACGUUCAUAGUCGCUGAAAUUGGCCAGAACCAUCAAGGGUCCCUGUCUACAGCAAAGCAAAUGAUAAAAGCGGCGAAGGUAGACACAUUUUAAAUUACGCUAAUGUUUAAAUAAAUUACC